GUGACUUGGGUGUCUGACUAAAGAGGGAAUUUAAAUAUCAGAAGUGCUUUGAGAGACUUCCCUGGCAGGUCUGGUGUUUAGAACUCCAACCUUCCACUACAAAGGCUUGGGUUCAAUCCCUACUCAGGGGACUAAGAUCCCACAUGCCAUGUGGCCAAAAACACAAAAAAACAAAACAAAACAAAAGCUGUGAAAGUAGAGUUAUUUAAAAUUUACUUCCAAUUUUGCAAUUUUGAUAUUCUAUUAGUACAUGUUUUAACACUGAAUAUGCUUCUUUAAAUGUGAGACCUGGCACCAUUUCUCCAUACCUUGCUUCAGCCUUGCAGCCUAACAAUGACUUAGGGUACUAUGUUGGCUUGUCUGUCUGACAGCCAGUGACAUCGUUGGUUCACUUUAAGUUUCUAUGUCUUAAAACAAAUUUUCACCGGCACCCCCAGCUCCACAAAGGUUUUGCUUCAAAGUCACACCUUAAAAUUGCCUUGUAAAUCAUCUAUUAAGUCAUUGCUAAAAAUGUUGAACUAAAUAGAAGUAAGAAGAGUUCAACAGCAUUAUGUUUGAGAUCUCACUGUGUGCUAUAAAAGAUGUUUUCCAACUCUACAACUUUAAUGUUUUCCAACUUUCCAACUCUAGUAACUUGAAACCAUAAUGUGUUUGGAUUUCCACAGAAUAAAGAUCAUAAAUUUGGCCACACACAGAAUAGUGAGUUGGCUAUUGCAAAGUUGCUGCAAGGGUAGGGGCUGGCACGGUUUUAUCAGACAGGUUACUAAACAAACGUUGAGGAGGCCAUUCCUUAUAGAAUGGUUUAAGAUAAUAUAUCUGGGAGAGCUGUAACUGUAAUUAGGUCUCAGUUUGGUGACAUGGGGCUUAGCAUAAGUGACUCCACUUGGAGCCUGUUGUCUUGUUUUUAACACAAAAUAAAUGUGUUUGGGGACCUCAGCUUAUCUUUACAGUGACUACAGAAGGCACUGAUUUAUCCCUUCCACUUUUCAAAUGAGGAAACUGCAGCCCUGGGUGGUUCUGGAGUGAGUUUGAAGUUGUCUUAGGUUGAUGGGAGAGCCCAGGUCUAAAGUGACACACGGGCACAGCGGUGACAGGGGAAGGGAAAGCACAUGUUGAGGCUACCGCAUGCUUGGAACUGUGAUACUUAAACUAGAGUGUGUGCACUGUGAGUACGUCUACAUGACUCUCUGACCCCCUAGCACUGAGGGAGAUGGAACCCUGUCCUGGGAGAUGGCUCAGAGGCUCCCAUCCAAAUGGGAUGGGAUCGAUGACCCAUCGAUGACCACAUCCCUUGCCUUCUUCAACUUCACUUCUCCUGAGACAGAAGCAGAUGGCAGCUGAGCAAGAGAAGGUAGGGGCGGAGUUCCAGGCUCUGCGGGCCUUCCUGGUGGAGCAGGAGGGUCGGCUCCUAGGCCGCCUAGAGGAGCUGUCCCGGGAGGUGACACAGAAGCAGAAUGAGAACCUGGCCCAGCUUGGGGAUGAGAUUGCCCAGCUCUCCAAGCUCAGCAGUCAGAUCCAGGAGACAACGUGCAAGCCUGAUCUUGACUUUCUCCAGGAAUUCAAAAACACACUAAGCAGGUGCAGCAAUGUGCCUGCCCCCAAGCCAACCACAGUCUCUUCUGAGAUGAAGAAUAAAGUCUGGAAUGCUUCCCUCAAGACCUUUGUCUUAAAGGGGCUGCUCAAGAAGUUCAAAGAGGAUCUUCGGGGAGAGCUGGAGAAAGAGGAAAAAGUGGAGCUGACCUUGGACCCCGACACGGCCAACCCCCGCCUCAUCCUCUCUCUGGAUCUUAAGAGCGUUCGCCUUGGACAACAAGCCCAGGACCUGCCCAGCCACCCGCGCCGCUUCGACACCAACACACGAGUUCUGGCUUCCUGCGGUUUCUCCUCUGGGAGGCACCACUGGGAAGUGGAAGUGGGCUCCAAGGACGGCUGGGCCUUCGGCGUGGCCCGUGAGAGCGUGCGCCGCAAGGGUCUCACGCCCUUCACCCCGGAGGAGGGCGUCUGGGCGCUGCAGCUCAACAACGGGCAGUACUGGGCGGUGACCAGCCCUGAACGGACGCCCCUCAGCUGUGGGCACCUGUCCCGCGUGCGGGUCGCCCUGGACCUGGAGGUGGGGGCUGUGUCCUUCUACGCUGCAGAAGACAUGCGCCACAUCUAUACCUUCCGCGUCAACUUCCAAGAGCGCGUGUUCCCUCUUUUCUCUGUCUGCUCCACCGGCACCUACUUGCGAAUCUGGCCUUGAGAGUCAUUGCCCGGUCUCCCGGAGGGAGUAAGCCAGCCAAGGGUGAACUCCUCCCAGUCCUGGCUGCCCAUGGGAAGGGUUGUUGCCCUCGGAUGGAACCUCCUGGACACUUUGGGUCUGUCUUCCUGACUGUUGCCCCAGGCUGCCUUAGAGGGGCUUCUGCAGACCACAACAUCAAAGACAUGAGAUCGGGCUACUGGGGAAAAGGGCUCUAAGGCUAAUUGAGCAGGGGAAUAUACGGCCUUGGACUCUCCCUCCUGUCUCUUGCCUGUUGUCCCGGUGAGGAUUUGGCCUGAACUGUAGGAGGUGGAGGUGGAUGAGGAGAGGAGCCCAGCUCCAUCAGAGGUGCUUCCUAUCACUACCCCAGCUCAGCAGGACCUCUAGUUCCAUGGAACAAAACCAAGCUCUGGCUGUGCAAGGGGGCAGCUUCAUGAUCCCUUCUGCUUUGCCUUCUUGUCAGCUGCCAGCUUUGCCUUCAGAGACCUGGAUCUGGCGAGCUUGACAAAGUCGUCUACUCAGGGAGGAGCAUGGUAUUUCCAGCCCAAAGGAGAGUCUAGGCCAGAACUGGGAAGAGAUUUUCAUAUGUACAAUAGGAAUAGCCCAGGACAACAGCCUAUUGGCAUUGCUGUCACUCGACACAGCUUAGCCUGAUGAGAGUAUAUGUACAUCCUUGGCCACAAUGACAGGCCCACGAUCUCACAUUUGCCUAAACCCUUUCCAAGUGCCAAAGUACAGUCUCCCUUGGGUAAGGAGACCAAAGAUUAUGGAAUUUUGAAACUCAAGGCAGCACUUAUAAUUCUACAGAAGCAACCAACUCCAGCAUGGAAAUGUGCAGGGCACAGGCAUAUCCCUGACAGACAGUUCCAGGAGCUUCUCAAAUGUAUGCCAAUGGCAGAAGACCCUGGUUUCACGGUCUGCUCAGUCUGUACCCUGGCCGGUGUUAGUCCCUUGGCUAAUUGUUCCCCAGAUUCUGUAUGGCUGUGUUUCUGGGAGAGUGGAGGUGGGCUGUUCACUGCUUAGUAUGCUCCUGGAAAGGGGGAUGGAAAUACAGACUGUGAGCUCAUUUA